GCGACGCGUCGCCCUCAACGCGGUGGUCCUCCUGGUUAUCGUUUCUCGACCACAAAUGUCGUCAGAUCAAGCAAAACCCGCACCGAAACUUGUACUUGAUGAAUUUAUCAAAGAGGCUCUCUCUGGCACGCCAGCGGAAUUACAUCCAUUUUUCGAGAGUUUCCGGACGUUACACUCUAAAAAACUGUGGCACCAGCUGACGCUGAAGCUGUUUGAGUUCUAUGAUCAUCCUGCGUCCAAGCCGUACAAGGUCCAUGUGUUUGAGAGAUUCGUAACGGACUUUGAGGCCAAGCUGAACCAACUACGCUUGGUUGAGUUGGGUGUGAAAGCAUCGAAGGAAAUUGAUAAUCCACAAACGCAUCUCAAUUUCCUCACCUCGCUGCUAUCGCGUCUAGACAAGGAAAAGUCACAGGAAGCCUACGUACUGCUUCUAGCAACAAUUGCACAUGCCAAGUUGCUAUAUGGUGACUUGGAAGGGACAAAAAUAGAUAUGGAUUCUGCUUGGAAAGUUUUGGAUAAUCUCGAGGGCGUGGACACCGGUGUGAAUGCUGCGUAUUAUGGUGUUGCUGCAGAUUAUUACAAAGCCAAAGCCGAAUACGCGCCGUACUACCGAAACUCGCUUCUCUACCUUGCUUGUCUCGAUCCAAUGACAGAUAUGACAGCGGAGGAACGGUUAGCACGCGCACACGAUCUAGGAGUGUCUGCAUUCCUUGGAGACUCGAUAUACAACUUUGGUGAACUGCUGAUGCACCCAAUAUUGGAUGCGCUGGAUAAUACACCGUAUGAAUGGAUCAAGAAGCUGUUGUUUACCUUCAAUGAAGGUAGCAUAGGCAAGUUUGAAGCCUUAGCACCACUAUUCCCUCAAGAACGCAUACUCCAAGACAACUACGCUUUCUUACGACAAAAGAUCUGUUUGAUGGCAUUGAUAGAGUCGAUCUUCAAACGUGAAGCAGGCAACCGGACGAUGAGUUUCCAAACUAUUGCCGAAGAGACGCGGCUCCCGAUCGAUGAAGUCGAGCAUCUUGUCAUGAAAGCUCUGAGGUUUGAUCUUUCGUAGCGAAUCAACUCUCCCUAUACCGUCGCUCACACUUCUAUUACAGUCUAAAGCUCAUCCGAGGAUCGAUGGACCAAGUUGAGCAAAAAGCGCAGAUCACAUGGGUACAGCCCCGCGUCCUGUCCAAAGAGCAGAUCGGAGGACUAUCUCAACGGCUUGAACAAUGGGUGAAUAAACUUUAUACAGUCGAGAAACGGAUCGAACCCGAAGUUCUUAUAUCUGCUUGAUCGUGAUGCGAUGUUGAGUAUAUACUGUACUUUGUACCAUUUAUCGUUUCUGUCUAAUACUACCUUUCCCCCCUAUUUCGAAGUACUCGACGAGAAGACUACCACUCAAACACGAGGAGGUUCAAAUGAACACUUACACUAUCAAGGAAGACGCUCGCUUGAAACCGCCCAGAAGACUACCAACGUAACCUGACGUUGGCAGAACCCCU